CAAGAAGAAAACUCCCCAGGCCUAUGGGAUUUUAACCUGCUUGGGGACUCAGCACCAAAAAGGGACAUGCAGAUGGUGUCUGGGUUCAUUGUGCUGACUUCUGAGGCCAGAAGAAGAGCUGGGUGUCUUAGGGGCAGAGCUCUCGGUGGGGACCUAGAUGAAGAUUAAGGGACACAGCCUCUCUCUGGUCACCUCCAAGGCUAAAGAAGAUGGCAGAUUUAGCUUCCAACCACAAGAUUGUCCAUCCUGAUCAGGAAGUGACAUGUCACGGAGGUGUGGUAGGAAAUGGCCCGGCUUGGCUCUGCCUUCUGCUGUGUGAGUAACCCACUGAAGCCAGAAGCUGUGGGCUGUGGGGAAGUGGCUGCAUUCCCACCCAAGGGACCCUGAACUUUGCCAGACUUCGGGGUUGAGAGGAGCCACUAGCAUCAUCCCAGAGCUGUCAGCACCGGCCUCAGCCCAGGCGGCUCUCUCCCUGAGCUUCCUGCACCCUGACCCUCUCCAGCCUCAGACCUGAAACAGGGCUGGACAAGGAAGCAGAGAGCAGAAGAAAAGCAGAAGCAAAGCUCAGAUCUGCUGGGAGGAGGCUCCAUUUUGUCUCCUCCUGGGGUCUUACACAGUGGCAGGUGACAUCCGUGUUACAGGAAUGACUGCCAGGGCCUGGGCCUCGUGGCGGCCUUCAGCUCUGCUCCUCCUGCUUGUCCCAGGCUGUUUUGCUCUGAGAGGCCCCGGCACCGUGGAUGGCCACGUGGAGGGAUCCCUGAGCGUGCAGUGUCACUAUGAGGAGGAACACAAGACUCUCAACAAAUACUGGUGCAGACCACCACGGGUUCUCCGAUGUGACAAGAUUGUGGAGACCAAAGGGCCAGCAGGAAAAAUGAACGGCCGAGUGUCCAUCAGGGACUGUCCUGCAAAUCUCAGCUUCACAGUGACCUUGGAGAACCUCACAGAGGAGGACGCAGGCACAUACUGGUGUGGGGUGGAUACACCGUGGCUCCAAGACUUUCAUGAUCCCGUAGUCCAGGUUGAGGUGUCCGUGUUCCCAGCCUCCAGCCCCCAGAGCUCCAUGGGCACCUCAGGUCCUCCCACGAAGCUGCCAGUGCACACCUGGCCCAGCGUGACCAGAAAGGAUGGCCCCGAACCCAGUCCACACCCUGGCUCCCUGUUCAGCAAUGUCCGCUUCCUGCUCCUGGUCUUCCUGGAACUGCCCCUGCUCCUGAGCAUGCUGGGUGCCGUCCUCUGGGUGAACAGACCUCAGAGAAGCUCUAGAAGCAGGCAGAGUUGGCCCGAGAGUGAGAACCAGUAGCAUCUGCUGUCCAUCAAGACCCUGCGCUGCAACAGAGCCCCGCUGUGGGACUGGAAUGGCCUCCUGACCACUCCCUCCCGGGCUGCUCUCCCCACAUCUCCCAGAACCCUCUGUGAGCUUCCUUCAGCCUUUUCCCUGUAUCAGACCAUGAUACACCAGGCAAGGAACUCUGUUUAUAUUGAGCCCAUAUUCCAGGUGGGGGAUAGAAAUGAUAAACACAUGCAAAAAUACAUGAAUAAGUUCCAGAGGUAAAUGUAAAGCACAGAGGUGAGAAGAGCCACGGAGUAAAAUAAGAGAAGUGGGGUGACUGCUUUGCAGGAGUGGAGGGGUCCGUUAUGAAGCCCCUCUAAUAGGCGAUGAGCAAGCAGGGAUCAGGAGAAAGGAGGGGGUGAGCGCCAGAAUCCCUGGAGGAGGAGCCCUGAGGCAGAGAGAGCACCAGGUGCACGUGUCCUGCCAGGGUAGACUUGGAUCUGGAAAACACAAGAAGAUCCCUCUCUGGAUCCAAUGGCUCCAGGGCCUGCAGAUAGCAUUCUCUGUCUCCUCCCCAGCCUGAGUCGGAUAUGGCACACCAGCAUCAGACAAUUAAGUAUUCUGAAGGCAGGUAAGACUCAAGAGAGUCAUGCAUGCAUUCAUUCAACAGGCAAUUUGUUGACUUGCCUUUGGCAGACCCUAGGAUGAUAGCAAGUUACAGCUGUGACCAAGACAAGAUACUGCCCUGGUUCUCCGUGAGCUACCAGUCCAGAUGAAACCCAUGAACAGAACAGUGAUAAACACAAGAGGGAAAUGUGAAAUGGGUCAUGAGGACCCCUAAAAAGGGAGCCACCAUAACCCAGGAAGGUCAAGGAACACAUCGGCAAACCUGUCAGCUGGAGCCAGGCAGAGUGGGAGGUUGAGGGUCUGGACAAAGGCCCGAGUGGGGAGGGCGGCAGCACCAAGGUGAACCUGGAGCCAGGAGGUGGGAGCCACUUGCCGGGCACUGGGGGCUGCCAGGACCCAUGUGCCGAUGCCAGGUCAGGUGGGUGCCAUCCUGUGACAGCAGGAGCCACUGGGAGUUGAGCAGCGCCUCCCCAGGGCCACGUGUGUGUGUCAGGGAUCACGCUGCUGAUUCUGGGGAGAAUGGAAUGAGCAGAAGGGGACACCAGGUCAGGUCCCCAUGGCAGGCCUGGCUACUGCCAAGCUGAACCAAAGCCAGACCUGAACACUGGGCAGGUGGGAGGGCCUGGGAUUGCACUGGGCUGACGACAGUCCCAUGAUGUGAGUCUGGGGGCAUCAGCACCAAUGACCCCCAGUGCACGCUGUGUCCCUGAGAGUGUAAAUGGAGGGAGGACAGGGCAGGAUGAGGGUUCAGGGACCCCUUCAUGGUGCCAGGUACACCCAGACUCCCCUGUCACUCUCCACUCGGCUUCAUGGCUGUGUGCACAUACUGGUGUUAUUGGGCAUGAUAGGAAGAAAGGAACAGAAAUCUGCAGGAGGGUUGGGAGAGUCAAGGAAUAUGCUUAAGGCAUAAGAAUGUGGAGAAGGGGUGAUGCCCUCCGGGACAAACAGAAGGCAAACCCUGCACCUGACUAGCCUCCUUGCCCUUUCCAGGGUAAAGACACCCUGAGCCCAUCAUGUCAGGAGAACCCGCCAUGCUAAGUGUGGACAGACCUGGUCCCUGCCUCCUGGGAAGGCCCGUCCGCCAUGUCUGCUCCCUGGGGAGGCAUGUGGCCAUCACAGUGGACCCAGGACAGACACUAGCAGCCGCUGCUCAACAACCACGAAUUUUACAGACUGAUGUUUGCAGCCACAGGGCAGGUGCCAGUUUAUCUGUGAAGAGGACAAGACAGGGCUCCUGCCCUUGCGGGAAAUGCCAUCUGGAGAGGAGCAGGCAUUCAACAGAUAUCCAGGUUACUGAUUUCUGUACCUCCGAAGGGUGUGUUCCUGCACACGAAGGGCGUUGGUAGAGAUUCUUGUGGAUUCAGGUCCUACCAGGACCCUGGGUGUCCCCUCAGAUUGCUGCCGUGGCCCUGCCCUGCCUCAGCCCACAGCCCCGAGUCUCAAGGCAAUUCUUAGGGUGAUAAUUAAAGGGCCUUGGUCUUAUGUGUCUGGCUGCUAUGUCCAGGUUAGUUCUUGAUUUUUAUGGCCACAGUACUUUGGCACUGGGGAUAGGGGCAAGGUGGAGGGCACCAGGGCCUCCCCUGCGGAGGUGACUCACUGCCUGUCACUGUGUCCCCACAAGUCCCUGCUCAGCAGCCUCCACAUCCUGCUCCUGACCCUCCUGGAGCUGCUUCUGCUCCUAAACAUGCUGGGGGCUGUCCUGGGGGUGAACGGGGCUCAGAGGAGCUCGGUGGGGAGCCAGAGUCAGUUGGAUUGUGAGAAACAGUAACUCUGAUGCCCAUCAAUACCCUGCCAAGCAACAUACUCCCUCUUACGUAUAGGAAUGGCCUUCUGACCAACAAAUCCAUGUUUCUAUCAGAAGAUUUGGAAGCUUUUUCCUUCUGAUGUAUCAGACACACAAAAGAAUACGUGCACUUUCAACCAAGAAUACUCUUUAACCCGUGUGUGCCCACCAUCCAGUUUAAGUCAUAGAACAUCAUUCAUUCUCAUGAAGCCCCAAACUGCUUUCUGAUCUUAUGCAAUUUCUUUUCUAUCCUCCUCUCAGAAAACCACAUCCUACAUUUUAUUUUAUUAUUAUUUUUUAUAGAGAUGGGUCUUACUAUGUUACCCAGACUGGAUUUGAACUCCUGGGCUCCAGCAAUGGUCCCGUCUCAGCCUCUGGAGAGCUGGGACUACAGGCAUGCACCGCAGCGCCUGGUUCACUUUCCGAUUUUUAUGUUCAUCAUCAUCUUGUUUUAAGGGCUUUGCCUUAUACAUGCAUGUGGAUUUCCAAAGAGUAUAUUGCUUAGCUUUGUUUAUUUUUGAACUUUCUGUGAAUAGUGUUAGGCAUUUUUAUUUCUAAGCAAUCGGAUUUUAUCAUUCAACCUUUCUUUUGAGCAACCUUGUCCUCUUCCUGAUUUUAAAGGAAAGAUUUUGCCAUGGGUUGUAACGGGUUGCUUAGAGACACCUUUUAAUUCCUAGUUUAUCAUGAAAAAUCAUGGAUUUUAGAUAGUGCUUUUUGUGCAUCUAAUGAUUAUGUGGGUUUUCUUCUUUA